AUGUUACAUAUACCUUUCGUUUUAUGUCUAUUCAUUUCACUUGCUAAAACACAGUAUAAUUAUCGUCAACAGCAAUAUUAUCCAUGGAAUAAUUAUAAUUCAUGGUCAUCGUUUUCGCCAAAUAAUCCAGUAUGGAAUCAGGCCUUGCAAACAAAUCGUGCUAACGUUUGGGGAAAUCUUUUAAACGACGAUACAUCUGUAUUACCAUAUGGAUCACGAAUUAGCGUAACACUAUCUGACGUAUCUCUUCAAGAUACGGCUGCACGUCCUCUUAAUACAUUUGUUCUGCAUGGGUCAUAUCGUUUUCCAAUUGCUUAUAAUAUUCCAUAUUCGUUAAUGCAAGUGCAAGGUAAUAAUAUUCAACAAUAUUCUAUUCAAGCUCGUAUUGAAAAAGAUGGCCAAUUACUUUAUAUUAAUGAUGAAUAUACACCGGUACAAUUAGUGCCAGCUCCUAUGAAUCCUAUUAAUGUUAGAAUGAAAAGAGUUGAUACAUCAAUGUAUCCAGGAAAUAAUGGCGGAAUCUAUACGACUAGACCACCGUUUAUGAAUGCCAAUUAUAUUUGUCAAUUGAGACCUGAUCCAGGUUUCUGCUAUGCAAGUAUACAACAAUAUUAUUUUGAUACACAAUUGCGAUUCUGUCAAGUUUUCACAUGGGGUGGUUGUGGUGGUAAUUUAAAUCGUUUUUCAACUCGAGAUGAAUGUGAACGCACGUGUUCGAUAUAUCGACGACGAAUUACCAAUAAUAAUGCAAAACAAAAAUGGGUUAUCUAA